AGACCGUCCGCCCUUCCUGCGAUAGGAAACUCGCACUGACGUAAAGAAACCGAGGCAGACGGAACCCAGUUUUAAUUAAGCGCUUUAACGCCACUGUUUUUACUGAAACUCUGCGUCCUUUCACACCACAUUAUCCGGGUUCAGCGAGCGUAGGGCGGAAGGAAAAAACAGCUAACAAGACGCGACAGCCGAGAGGAGAAUAAACAGCGCGUAACUUGGAUUUUUUUUGAGGAUAUAUCAGUACUGAAAUACCGCCCUGACAUUACUGACACUCAGCAAGACAUGGCUGAUCUGCUGAGGCUGCUGCUCCGGGUGGCUGAGAAAGCGGCGAACGUGGCUCGAGUCUGCAGGCAGGAGGCCCCCCUCUUUCAGCUCCUUGUGCAAGAGAAGACCGGAGAUGACAAGAACAAGAAGUUCGUCCAGGACUUCAAGACGCUUGCCGACGUGGUGAUCCAAGAGAUGAUCCGGCAUGAUGUUGGUGCUCAGUUCCCUGAGAUGGCUGGUUUCAUUCACGGAGAGGAGUCCAACAAGUUUGAAAAUGGGCUUGGAGAGAGCGUGACGGUCACCGUGUGCGCUACGGAGGAGGAGACCGCGGCGCUGCUCGCCUCGGUGCUGGACGGCAACCACACGGCGGCGUCUCUGUUGGCUCGAGCCAUCCACCAAGACCCGGCAACCAUUGAGGCCCACACAGACGGUCUGACGGUGCCAGUCAGCCCCGCUGAACUCGGCGUAUGGAUCGACCCCAUAGAUGCCACCAGCCAGUACAUAGAGGGCCGAGAGGAGGUGCUGGAGGAGGGCCACCUGUCUCCUUCCGGUCUGCACUGCGCUUUGGUCCUAAUCGGCGUUUACCUCCGGAGCACAGGUGAGCCCGUCAUGGGCGUCAUCAACCAGCCGUUCAACUACAAAGAUCCAGCAGGUGGAGGCUGGAGGGGCAAGCAUUUCUGGGGGGUGUCCUGUGGAGGCGUCAACGUCUGCUCAGAGUCGCGGCCGAACAAUGGGCCUGGAGGGGGUCUGUCUGUGGUGCUGAGCUCCAGCGAGAAGCAGGUGGUGAAGGAAACCCUGACGUCGCUGUGCGGUCCUGACAAGAUCGUGUACGCCUCCGGAGCCGGCUACAAGAUCCUGUGUGUCAUUCAGGGUCUGGCUGAUGUUUACAUCCUCUCAGAGGGAAGCACCUUUAAGUGGGACUCCUGCGCUCCUCACGCCCUGCUCCGAGCCCUCGGAGGGGGAGUGGUGGACCUGGCGAAGGGUCUACAGUCCACUUCUGACGCCCCGGAUCAACAGACAGAACUGACCUACCACCAGCCUCACACUGAGUGUAAAGGAGCAGACCGCUGGGCAAACCAUGGCGGCCUGGUGGCUUACCGAGACUGUUCUCAGCUCCGCAGCAUCAUGGGAGCUCUGAAAGGCAAGCUGUAAUCGACAAAGCAGUGGCAGUAAUCAGAACAAGCUGAAGCAUUGUUGCAUAUAUGACCAUAUUAAUGUGUUCUGUAUUAAUAGAUGGGAAGGAACGGAGGUACAGGAUGAAAUAUUUUAAUUAUAAAUAUUACUGUCUUAUUUUUAACCAGAUAUAUUUGCAAGUUUAUAUAUUACAAGAUGAACAUCAGGUUUGGGCAAAGUAAUAUUUUCAAAUACUUUCUGUCUUAAUCAGUGUUUCUGGAUUGUGUCAUUUACAUGUGGGUGCAUGACCAGGGUUUAAAAAAAAAAAACACAAAAUUGAACAAGAUUUGAAUUAAUCUGAUUCAUUUAAGAAAACAAGAAACGAGAGAGUGCUGUGCUCCUCUCAAGGCUGUCAAGAUGCAGGCUAAAAGAGUUGUUCAGGAAGCAAAAUUAGUACAAGUCAGGACAGAAUGCAGAAGGACAACUAAGAGAAAGUUUUUCCGUCAGUUCCACCACUGACUUCCACUAAGCGUUACUUUGCGAAUUUUGUUUAGCUCAGACCAAUGAAUCAUUUAUCAAACCUUGAUAGGCUUUGUUAAGAGUUUGUCUACGUGUUGCAUGAAGAAAAAUACGAGUUCAAUGAAAGUACGGUGCUCACUGCAGGGCAGUCGAGGAACGCUUCGCUGCCAGAGGAAACAUAAUGUGGCAUCACAAGACUGCUUCUCUUUGGGGUCAAAAUUGCAGUUAUGAAAAGUGAUAUUAUCUAACCUGUAUGAGGCUAUGAUCGGUCAAGUGAGUGGAUAAGACUCAAAUCAAGCAGUGUGCAGGAAUUUGCAUCUCUCUGAAACAGCUCCUUUUAAGGAGCGGAGAGAUAGUCAGUCAUGGCCUGCCCUCUUUCCACAGCUGUAGCACCAUUAGUUAAUAAGGUCAGAGAAUGGAGACGCCAUAUGAGGUAAAACAGCGACACUGAGUUGUUUUCAGUGUGGGUUUACAGUAAAAUGAAAUAUUAAGCCAAGGUGGGUACCAGAGGACAAAGAUGAAAGACAGUGAAGGAUUUUGAGAAGGUCACAUUUUUGGGUUGAGUUUUCCCAAGGACUUGCUAACUUCAAUUCGGAAAACCUGCCUAUGGAGAAGCAUAAAGGAAUUUUGACAGAAGCAGACAAGCAGCACACUGAUGAUGUCUGCGAUUGGUCGAUUGCAGUGUCGGUCCAAAAACAUGUCCUACUCUGGCUCUGCUGAAGGACCGAAACUUUAUUACCUUAUCAAGAUGUUUGUAAUGAUGACACGACGUAACCUUACUACCAUGUCAUGUGUAGAAUAACUUUGAUACGCAUUGUUAAAUAAUCGAGAAAUCCUUUGUUAUGCAUACUGAGCACAGAACAGAACGAUAUGCAUGUAGGAAAUCAUCUUUAUUCUCAAAACCAGAGAAAGCAGGGGAAAAGAAACCCAACAGUGAUAUUUUAAAACUGUUUGCCAGCCAGGGAACUCGCGUUACAAUUCCCCACAAAAAAAAAACAAAAACAAAACAACAACAAAAAAAAACAAACCCUGAUGAUUGUCAGAAAUUUUUUGCAAUACUUCUGCAUAUUCUGUUAAAAAUUUGAAAAGAAAGAAACAAACGAAAGAAAAAUGUGUUGGCUCUUUCAUUGACCUCUUGGACUUCGAGCUGCUACCUUUAGCAUACAGCACUGUACAUUCUCAAGACAAGGCUGACGUGUGGGAAAAGGACGCACUCUGCUUAACGUGGUUACAGCUGUGAUCUGAGCCAGUUUCCGAGACAGGGACUGAGUUAAGUAUUUGGCAGUAUAUCGUGAAAAUGAGGAUGGUAAACAAAUAUGGAAGAUUGAUUAUUGCACGCUGUAACAAACUUAUGAGCAAAAUUUAAUCACUUUUGUUGCUGUCUGUUUAUCACACAGGAACAAUUUGACUUUAAGUCUGCCUGAUUAGCUGUAACCUCCUUUCCUUUACCAGAAUAAGCUAAAUCAGGGUCUUUUUGUUUUUUUAGAUUUUGGGUUGGUUUCAUAUUAAAAGGAAGGGCCAUUUUAAUUGAGAAAAACUCACUCCAUGUCUGGGAAACUGAUGUUAAAUGUACAAGAGAGAAACUAUUUGACACAUGAAAGAAAUGCGGUAAACUUAACGUCCUGCCUCGGUGAACUCAAGGCUCAUGUUUUUGAGCUAUUAAGACAAGCUCACAUGAAUCAUUACAAACUCUGGGCUGCUUCAGAGUUUUAUGGCUGUGUGACUCCCAGUGUUGUUUUCCAAAAAUCUGUCACUCGUUUAACAUUCAAAU